AAGUGGCUCUGGCUGUGAAAAUAUCCUGUUCUAUGAUCAAAUGUCUAUUUAAAAAAGAUAGACUAUCCAGACUGGUAUGCAGUUUACUUGAUAAACCCGAAUAUGUUCACUGAAGUGUUAAAAAUGGAGUGCUUGCUAAAGAAGUCCUUCUGUCGUUAGGAAAAUAAAUAAGCGAUCAGCUACUGUGUGGUAGCUGCACGCAUGCGCAAAUUGAGCCCCGGAGCCGCAGGAAAGCAGCGCUGGUAAGCCAAAUCGGUCCAAUACAGGAAACAGGGAGCCACCAAUAUGAGUGGCAAAGUAAACAUGGACGCUCAAUCCAAAGAAGCUGAUGGCACAACCACUGACCCGUCGCCCUCCCCUGCCGGCGAAACCAUCCUCAUCUGCGACAAUGUCACCAAGAAAGCACGCGCCAUGCCCCACGCCACCACCACCACAGCUCUCCUCUUGCCAGCUCCUCCUGGUCACCAGAAAGUGGAACUGACUCAAGCCCUCGCCGUGGCAAACCCAGGAAAAGGCAGCAGACCAAAUGAGAUAGCUGCUCCCACCCUGACAGCACAGGUUGGGGGGGCUUGUAGCAUCGUCCAUGUCCUCGAGUGGAAGGAGGGGAUGGCCAUUCUGCCCAGUAGCAACCUCAAGUUCUGCGUGAGCGAUGUAGGCACUCUGAGCACGCUGAUAACCCCAGGGGCCACCAGCGGCCCCACCGACCCAGCAGCAGGGACUUCUGGACGAUCUAUCGAGGCAGAAAGCCUGCCAAACAAACCAGCCCCAGAAGCGUCUGUCCCUGUCGGUACCGUGAGAGCCGCCGCCGCCGCCACCGUCGCUGCUGCUGCCGUGGAGCCAGAGAGGCUGGUUCCUGUCAAACUCGAGGCCCAGGUGGGGCCGGAGCAACAGAACCACGAUCCAAGAGCACAAAGGAGCUAUGCAGAGGAGCUCCGCAGGGACCCCGUCUCGGACAAGAGAAGUGUCAGUGUGGAGAAGGUGCCUGCAGGUGGGAGGGUCUCCUCUCUGAACCCAGACCACCUGAAACCCAUGAGGAAGAGGAAGAGGAAGGAGUACUUGAGUCCGUCCGAGGAAGACUCCGACAUGGAGGGAACGGAUGAGAAGAUGGAUUAUUCUAAAGCAGAUGGUCGACUCAUCAGAGGAGGUGGAGACAGUAAAACUGAACAAUGGACCUGGACUCAGUAUCUGGAGGAAACCAAAUCUGUUGCUGCUCCCAACAAGCUCUUCCAUGAGGCGCAGAGUGUCCCCACUGUGAAGAACGGCUUCAAGCAGGGGAUGAAGCUGGAAGGCAUCGACCCGCAGCAUCCUUCCAUGUACUUCGUCCUGACAGUGGCUGAGGUGUGCGGUUACCGGCUGCGGCUCCAUUUUGACGGUUACUCUGACUGCCACGACUUCUGGGUGAACGCCAACUCUCCCGACAUCCACCCGGCAGGCUGGUGCGAGAGCACUGGACACAAGCUGCACACUCCAAAAGGCUGUAAGGAGGAGGAGUUCACAUGGACCAACUAUCUGAGGAUGACUAAAGCUCAAGUUGCUCCCAAAGAACUUUUUGCCAGUCCUGGGCGGAUGGAUGUAAAGUGCGGUUUUGAGACAGGAAUGAAGCUGGAAGCCGUCGACCGGAUGAAUCCCUCACUCAUCUGCGUGGCAACCGUCACGGACGUGGUCGACGACCGCUUCCUGGUUCAUUUUGACAACUGGGAUGAUACAUAUGACUACUGGUGUGAUGCCAGCAGCCCGUACAUCCAUCCUGUUGGUUGGUGUCAGGAGAGGAACCUUCCGCUAACGCCGCCCCAAGGUGACCAGCACAAUAUUACCAUGUUUUCUGCUGCACCAGAUUACCCCGAUCCCGGGCAGUUUUCCUGGUCUCGGUACCUGGAGGAGACCGGCUCCAAGGCUGUGGCUGCCGACGCCUUUAAAGUGAGGCCGCCUCACAGCUUCCAGCCUCAGAUGAAACUGGAGGCCGUGGACAAGAGAAGUCCUGGUCUGAUCAGAGUGGCGACAGUGGAAGAAGUGGAGACUCAUCGCAUUAAGGUGCAUUAUGAUGGUUGGAGUCACGUCUACGACGAGUGGAUGGACUCAGAUCACCCAGACAUCCACCCAGCAGGGUGGUGCGAAGCGACUGGCCACCCUCUGAAAGUUCCUCCUCGCGACGCUAAAAGUCAGCAGCCGCAUGGUGUGAGAGAGCCUCCUGCUAUGGGUCAGAACACCUACCCCACCACGGUCCCAUGCAAACCCAUCAGCCACCCCAGAACCAACAAGUACAGUUUCCACAACAGGAAGUGCCCAACCCCGGGUUGUGAUGGUUCAGGUCACGUGACCGGUCGGUUCACAGCCCAUCACUGCAUAUCUGGCUGCCCAUUGGCCGAGCGCAACCAGGGAAGGCUGAAGGCCGACCUGUCGGACUCUGAGUGCAAGAGAAACCUCUUCAUCGGCCAGAGGACUAAGAAAACUCAUUACCGUGGCAGGAUUGGCCGUCCGCCCAAAUACAGAAAGAACCAACAGAGGGAUUACCAGAACAUGUCCUCAGAGGGAGUGUACCCGUCCCUGUUCAUGUCGGCUCUGACCGGUCAGUCCGACCGGACUCUGUCUCUCUGCUGGGAGCAGCACUGUAAGCUGCUGCCCGGCGUUCAGGGCAUCCAUGCCAGCCAGGUGGCAGCAUGGAGCGUCGAUGAGGUCUUCAGGUUCGUCCAGAAUUUGAUUGGCUGCGAAGAACAGGCUCGCCUCUUCAAAGAGGAGAUGAUUGACGGGGAAGCUUUGCUGCUGCUCACCCAGACCGACAUCGUGAAGAUAAUGAGCAUCAAGCUGGGGCCCGCCCUCAAGAUCUCCAACGCCAUCCUCAUGUUCAAAACCACAGACGAGGGGCUCAAGUGAUAUCACCUCCGCUCACCGGAGCGAGGCGUCAAUCAUCGUGUGCCAAGUCCAUUCUGUAGCAGGGCCAGAGAGGAACCCUGAAUACGUUUUUCCAUGUGUUUGGUGUCUUGUGCCCAUCAGAGAGAGGGAUGGGAAAAAAAGGGGGAGACGGGAGUAGAUCGGAGAGAAGCAAAGCUGAGAAGGUUGGACGGAGGAAUCCUGAGAUGUUUAGAAAAAUUGGUUGAAAAAGGUAGUUUUGCUAAAUUUCUUUGGUAGGUUGUUGCCAAACACUAAGACAUCUGCAUCACAGAGUUGUCAUCUGUGGCGUGUUUGGCUAAAACUUGAAGUCUGCACAGCUUUUCAAGCUAAACUUCAGUUUUGGCUAUGAAUGGGGGGGGGGAAAGCUGAAGUGUUUUGAUGACAGUAUUGUUAAGCCAGCACUAGAGACAAACAGCGACUUCCUGUACGAGAGGUCAAAUUCGACAUUCGACACAAUAGCUGGGUUUAGUAGAAAGUAUUGCAAUCGAAAAGUUUACGUGGAAUCCAGAUUUGAACAGAGGGAAGAGAAAGAGGGGCGCGGUUUAAAAUAAAAUACAACGACGCAGACGAAACACCUGAAUCAAUAUACUUGUAUAAAAUGACAGAAAGAAAACUGAAAGAGAUGGGAGAAGUGGAGAGUCUAAAACGUGGGUAGAAAAAGUAAGAAGGAGGUGUUAACUGCAGUAAAUGAGGCCGGAUAGUGAGGCCUCUGCAAGCUUCACAUUUUGUGCAAUAAUAAAUUCACAAAAGGGGUCUGCUUAGAAACAGAUGCCUAACUGUUGCUUGGAAACAGUAUAAAAUAAAGAAUACAAAUAAGCUACUUUAGUCAGUCUGUUUCAUGCACAGAGAAACUCAAGUAUUACUUAUAAUUAGAAGUUCAAGUUAUUUGUACCUAAAUGUCUCCAUUGAGAGUUAGAAAACAGCACAGGCUUUGACUUUAUAUCUCUACUUGAAAAAAAAAAUCUGAACUUAUUUUUUCCUAAUGGAAAAACGAAAAACAAAUCCGCGUUUUAGCACAAUUGUAAAAUCUGGACGGUAUAAUAACAGUACCACAAGCCGUCACUAGAGAGUGCA